CCAUAUAAAUACGGAACUUAGUCUAGGGUUUCAGCUCCUCCCAGCCGUUGCUCUCUCUUCUCUGCAUAUUGGUCGCUGUUCUUUUCCGAUCUUGCAAAAUGACAAAGAGGACGAAGAAAGCUGGAAUCGUUGGAAAGUAUGGUACCCGUUAUGGUGCAAGUUUGAGAAAGCAAAUCAAGAAAAUGGAAGUCAGCCAGCACAGCAAAUAUUUCUGUGAAUUUUGUGGCAAGUAUGCAGUGAAGAGAAAGGCUGUUGGUAUUUGGGGUUGCAAGGACUGUGGAAAAGUCAAAGCAGGAGGUGCAUACACCUUGAAUACUGCAAGUGCUGUAACAGUGAGGAGCACAAUCCGAAGGCUGAGGGAGCAGACUGAGAGUUAAGUGUGCAUCUCUGUUUUGAGUUUGUUGGAACACCAUUAUCCUACUUUCCCUUUCAUGUCAAUUUACCCCUUUUAAGCGUAGCCAAAUUAUGUUUUAGACUGAUUAAGUUGUUGCAUCAAUUGAUAUAUAUGGUUAUUUGGAAUCACGGCACACACACACACCACCAAAACAAUGGAUCUUGACUGAAAACUACUCGCCAGCAUAUGUGUCUCUGAUUCUGCAUCAUUAUAUUGUCACUCAAACACACAAUGCAAGAAAUCAAUGAAUGAAUUGGUGAUUUCACCUUAAA